AUGGCUUCUGGCCGAGGUGGAUCUGUAGCACGAGGUCCAGGCGGCGCUCGGAGCGGCGUACCAGGUUCUCCACCACGACCUAUGGAGGGGCGGGUAGGGGAUGGACCUGGAGGAGCCGGCGCUUGCUUUGUGGGAGGGUUUCUUUCCUUAGCGGCGCCGACAUCACGUCAGUCUUUCCGCUACGACGGCCCACGACCCCCUCCUUCAGGGCAGACACAGCCGGAGAGUGGCAGUGGGGAGGAGGAUGAGGAGGAGGAGGGUGAUGGCGAAGAGGAUGAGGACGAUGAGGGGAGCGGGGAUGACAGUGAGGCAGGGUGGGACCCAGAGAAAGAUGGCGGUGGGGAGGGGGGAGAGGAUGAUGAAGACCACGAGAUGGAUGGGUUGGAGCCAGAGGGGCAGGAAGAGGAGGUGGGAGAGGGUGGUGGAGAGGCGGCGACGGAAGCGGGCUCACACCAUGUGCGUGAAGGUGGUGGGAGCGUGGGGGUUGCCGUGGGGAAGAAGGCCAAGACCAUUAGGCCGCCAAGGCGGGGGAAGAGGGUGAGCAAGUUGAGGGAGCGGGCGUACCCCGCUACGUUCACAGGGGAGCCGUUGGGCGAGGGUGUGAUCGCACCGGAGUUCCUAGACGAUGACGGAGGGUCAGAAAGUAGCAAGGGGACGGGCAGCAGGAAACCGGGGUGGCAAGUUAUGAUGUUCGGACCGAAGGACGCAGACGAGAAGCGUCAGUGCAAGAUUUGCACUGACAAGAUCUCGUGGAAGCAGUCCACAACCACUCUCGGCGAGCGGCACUUCGCGAGCCACCAUACAGCGCAUUUGCUCGUGUGGCACCACCGUUACCACACCCCGUCCAUACAGUUGCCAGGCGAGACGUUUCCUCGAGGGGGAUACAAGGGUGUGCCAGAUGGCUACGUCGAAGCUUACCCGCAUGCUAAGACGUGGCCUCAUCUCGCGACCAAGACAGGGCAGGAAGCUGGUGGGGAUAAGAAGGGGGGCGGGAUUGAGCGGUUUAUGACAACAAAGCUGACUUCGGUGGAGCUCCGACAGGCGAUCGCCAAGCUAGUGGUCACCUGCGACCUCCCCUUCCGCAUCGUGGAGGCCGAGGCUGUAAUUUCGGGAGCUGCUGAUCCUGCUAAAUCGCAACUGCGCGCAGAAGAACUUCAUCCCCUCCCGAUGGACGGUCUCCCGCGACACCGUUGUCUUUGCGGCGGCCGCUCUCCAGUCCGCCAUCGCGGAGAUGCUGGCGAAGGAGGGGGAGCUGGGGUGACCGGGCACUGGAUAGACGAGGCCUUCCAGCUGCGGACGAUGGUGCUUGAGAUCCGUGAGAUGCUCGGGCGGCAUGGGGGCAAGGAGAUAGCAAAGGUGGUUGAGGAGACAGUGGUGCAGUGGAAGUUGGAGGGGCGUUGUCUUGGGUUGACGUCAGACAACGCCUCCAGCAACAUUGCUGCCUUCAGGCGGCUGUCGGAGGAGGGGUGUGGGAGGUGCUUCUUCACCGAGCGCAUGCACUUCCGCUGCCUGGCACAUGUGAUCAACCUUGCAGUGAAGGCUGCUCUCGCAGUGGCCGCCAUACGCAAGCUGCUGAAGAUCCUGAGGGAGAUGGCGUCGUGGGUGGGCUUCUCGCCGCAGCGCUCAGGGAAGUUUCUGGGCCUACAACGGACCUUGAACGCGCAGGCCAACCCCGCCAAACCGAAGCCGGCGCUGAAGCUGGUGCAGGACUCACCCACGCGCUGGGGGUCGACCCACGACAUGGUCGAGCGAGCCGGGGUUCUGCAGGAACCAAUCAAUGUCUUCUUUGCCCAGACACAGCCACCCUCAGUAACCCAAGUUUCAUUGGUUCAACCAUGCCUGUCCAAACCCCCCAACCUACAGGGCUUGUCGGCGAUUGACAAGAAGAAGGUCGAAAGCUUGCGCCUGACAGACGCAGAUUGGGAGACUCUGCAUGCUGUCAAGGCAUUCCUCAGUCCAUUCGCCAGGGUCUCGAAGGCAGCGGAGGGGGCGGCGUACCCUACAGUGUCGAUGGUGGUGCCGUACUACAACGGCCUGAUCGACGCUUUGGAGGCGCGCCUUGCGAAGGGGCCAUCGGCUGCGCUGAAGCCGAUGAUCGAUGCGGCGCUGGGGGUGCUGAAGAAGUAUGCGUAUAUGUCCUCCAACGAGCUGUGGAUCGCCACCUUCUUGGACCCGUCCAUGAAGGCGGCGUGGUUUGAUGACGAGCACUGGGAGUCGCAGCAUCCCGAGACCGAGCCGAGGGUGAGGCCGCGUCCCACUUCUAGCGAGGUGGUCCAGCUGGUACGCGACCGCGUGACCGAGUACCAGGCCCGGGCUGCAGCGCUAGCCCCCCGGGCGCCCCCACUUGCCACUGUGACGGAGGAGGAGGAGGGUGACGCAGCGGAUGACGACGAGGAUGCGCAGUAUAUCCCUAGUCGCCGUCGACUUGCAGCGCGUCUCUCAGCGAGCCAGCAGGCGGGGAGGGGCAGGAUGCUACAGGAUGACGAGGUUAGCAGGUACCUGUCGGAGCGGGUUCGGGAUGACGUGACGGAGUUGGAGUACUGGCGCACCGCCACCAACAUGCAGACGCUUAGGCGCAUGGCCCGGGAUUAUCUCGCGAUCCCUGCCACGUCCGCAUCGAGCGAGCGGGUGUUCUCCCUUGGCCGCAACGUCAUUUCCUGGAAGCGGCACCGCCUGGCCUCCCAGAGAACGCGAGCUAUCAUGGUUCUCCGAUCCUGGUACACCUCACACCCCGGCCAGAGGAUAGGCGAGGGCCGCCGACAGAGAGGCGUCGCACCGCCCGAGUUUGCCAUUGAGGGCGAGGGGGCGGAGGAAGACGACGAGGAGGAGGAGGAUGAGGAGGAGGAGGAGGAGGAGGAGGGGGAGGGUGUGGGGGCUGCUGAUGACACAACUGGCGGGGUGGAGCCUGCUGUUGGUAGUAGCAGUGGUGGCGCCAUAGCCUAG